UCCCUGUGAGUAUAACGCGAACCAAAACAAACAAGCGAGAGGCGAGACGAAAACGUCUUUAAUUUCAUCACUAUUAAUUAACUCGAAAAUUCCUUUGUAAAUUAGGUAAAGGAUCAGCAAUGGAAGACUUGCUAAACAACCUCACUGGGGUUGCAGUGACAGAACACCCGAACACACCUUAUGCAGAACACCCUUAUUUUGCUCUGUAUAAAGCCAAGCGAACAGGUUCCUCCCAGGAAGAGAGAAGAAAAAGGGUUCUAGAUGCAAGGAAGGAGGCGAGGUAUGAUCUUCUCAAUCACUUGCGUAAUAUUGAAGAAGAAAGUGCUGGCUCAGAGGGCAGUUCUUCAGAUGAUAGCAUGGAAUAUGAAAAGGUAUGUUAUAAGAGGCCCAAAAAAUACCGCAACUUCCUCAUGUUGAGCGAAUGGUUGGUUGAUGUUCCAGAGGACUUUGCCACAUCAUACCUCUCAGUGCUAUGUCCUGUUGGGAAAAGGAGUCUUAUUGUGUCAGCUAGGGGCAGAACACGAGCCUAUACCAAAGCGGGGAUAAUGGUUAACCAGUUCCCUUCCCUGCUGCCUGGGGGUUGCUACCACAGCAAGAGAAAGGGCUAUGCACUGCUUGACUGUAUUUGGUCGGAGAAAGAGAAAACCUUCUUUAUACUGGAUCUUGUUGUGUGGCUGAACCAGUCUAUUAUGGAGUGCGAGACAUUGUUCAGAUUUGAAUGGCUGAAAUCAAGGAUGUUAGAGGAGACACCUGAUGCCACCGAAAUAUCCAAAUACAAUCCCUACAGAUUUGUACCCUUGCCCUAUUUCGACUGCUCGCCACAGACCCUAACCAGGCUAGUCAACGAACCCCUGCCCUUCCCUGUGCCUCUCGACGGCAUCCUGUUUUACCAUAAGGAGAGCCAUUACACCCAUGGCCCAACUCCACUUGUGGGUUGGCUCAAGGCCUAUAUGUUCCCUGAGAUUUUAGGUAUAAACCAAGUCGCACAGGUGCACUUAUCAGAAAGGCCAGCCAAGUACAUUAGCCUUCCCGCCCACAUUCAGUAUGGCAAGGACAAGCAACAGGAGAAGCAGGAGGCAUUAAAUAGAAAGAUGGAGAUUUCAACCGAGAAUAACAAAAGUCCAAAAGAGAAAAGUAAGAAGGGCAGAGACGUGAAAGAAAACCAGGAAAAUACUUCGGACAUGAUGGAGGUUUCAGCUGAGAAUAAGAAGAAUCCAAAAGCGAAAAACAAGAAAGUCAAAGAUGCCAAAGACAAGGGAAACAACUUAGAAAUGAUGAUGGAAGUGUCCUCGGAGAACAGCAAAAAUCAAAAAAAGAAAAAGAAAGAGAAGACGAAAGAAAGCUCCGGGAACAAAAUAGAAGCAAUGAGCGAGAGAGAGCGAGCGAGAGAGAGAGAGAGUGUGUGGAUGAGUGAGUGAGUGAAAAUGAGCGAGCGAGCAGGAACUUCACCAACUUUCAUUAUAUAACCUCGCUUUAAUUCCUCUUAACUUCAGUGCCUUUUCUUUCUCGCUUCUUCGCAGAUGGAAGUGUCCUCGGAGAACAGCAAAAAUCAAAAAAAGAAAAAGAAAGAGAAGACGAAAGAAAGCUCCGGGAACAAAAUAGAAGCAAUGGUUUCAUAAUUUUUUUUCUUUUUUUAUCAUUGUCAUUCUUCCAUGAAUAUAAUUUGCUAAAUAUUAUAAAUCCCAGAUAAUUUUUUUUUUAAAUCUUCGGAUAAAUUAAAUCUUCCACAUAUAUUUACAAUGCAAUUGUAAUUUAAAACGAUUUUUUUUUUUGCAAUGGAAUUAUUAUUUUCGAAUGUGAAAUAAACGGAUAAUUAUA